UACCAAUAAUGCAUAUAGCAUUUCCAUUUAUUUGAAAGCAGGAUAAAAGAGCAUUGUAGAUUAAAUGCCUUGCUCACGGGCAUAGGUGCCGCGGCCGGGGAUCGAACCCCGGACUUAAAUAAAAUUUAACUCGAUCACCAACGCUAUACGUGACAAACAUAUCGACUGAUUGAUACCAAAUAAGCAAUUUUAAUAGUUAUAUCAACUAUCAUUAUUCAGUCUGAAAUGGCACAUUAUUAAAACGUUAAACUUUCAUUAGUAGGGUCCCGGAGUCAAUAGGGGCUCGUCAUUCUUUAAUAAUGAUUUACUUUAAUGAGAAGAUUUUGAGCAGGAGCAAGCAUUUCAGUUACGCAAAUCUUAUAGAAUAUAAUUUUGCACAAAAGACGAACAAUAUCAGCAGAGUGAGAACGAUAACACGAGUAAAUAUGUAUCCAUGACCUUAUUUUGAUUGAAACUGUAUUUCCCCUAUUUGGAAAGAAAUCGGUGAAGUGAAUCCAAUUGCAUCCAACCGCAGAAUGAGACAGUAUUCAAAAGUGAAUAAUCAUGUUUGCAUUUCAGAUUUGUUUUUGAAGUAUUCUCCAUUUGAGAAGCCUAUCAUUAUUAAUAAACAUAUUCGGCUGAUUCCAUUUUCACUGUUUAUUGAACUGAAAUGGAAAAUGAAUGUAAAAGAAUUGUUUAUUAUAAAUCCAUUUCAGACAUAUCAAGAUCGAUAAAUCUAAGCACGUAAAGAUUAUCAAAUGUAAAAGAAAUGAUAUGCUAAACCAUAUUUUCUCAUUGUAAUCAGGGGCUUAAUAAAUAUUUUCUGAUAUAUUGGAUAAUUUUUUCCUUGAAAUUUAAUAAAGAAUCAAAUAAAAUAACGGGAAAUUCUCACCGUAUGGUAUAGCUUGCACCAAGACUAAACCAGUCGUAAACAAAUCGGCCUUGAUUGAUAGGUACACAUAUGGUAGGCGGAAUGAAAUGCUGAAUAAAAACAAGGAAAAACAAAACACUGGUUAUUGAUUUAGUAAUUGUUAAUUAUGAACACGUGAAAUAAUACAGACUUGAUCUGAAUGGGUGUGACAAUGGUAGAAAAUCUAUUUUUUUCAAUUGGAAUGUGUGGAACCCUCUGCAUAUACCAUUUGCAUUGUUUUCAGUGUUUUGACGCUUUCUGAUAUUUUGUACGUGUCACAACUUGAAAAAUUCGGCCUGUAUACGCUACCAGUCUACUGGGUUUCUUAGAUUGAAAAAUAUAUAUAUUUCAUGUGGUUUGAAGGAGAGACGUUUUAUUCAACAGGAAAAAUGAUUCGACAAACGGCAACUAGAAAUUAAGUUCUCUAUGAUGAUUAAUGGAUUGGAAUUAUUGAAACAUUUACCAUCUUCAUGUAUAACUAACAUGAUCAGGUCUUGAUUAUAGAUGGUUAAAGAAGUUGCAUUUAGUUGUCAAUCGUGUGAUCCACAGAGGUCGUGAUCCUAUUUUCGUGAGAUGACAUGUUGUCAUCGUAUUUAGUUGCUUAUCGAUAUAUUUAUGUACAUCUUGUUACAAAGACAAUCAAGUCGUGAGCCGUUGAAAUCUUUGCUGGAAUCUGACAGACAGAAAAAAACAGACUUUUCGUAAAGGUUGAACAAUUUCAAGGGAAAUCGUCAUGAUGAAGUGAAUCGAACUUUUGCCAUUGCUUCAUGAAAAUAAGCUUUAACUCUUUAGCCCGUUACCUACUGGAACCUAAUGGUCCCUAACAAAGCACAUGUGAAUAACAUAAUAUAUCAGUGGUCAAAGGUUUAAGAUGGCUGAAGCUUCAGAGAAAGAGAAGGAUGGCAUGAACUGCGCCGUGUGCAUGGACAAACUCACCAAUGCCAAAUAUCUUAAGUGCUUUCAUUCCUUUUGUACUCGUUGCCUGGAACAUUGCGUCCGUAACCUGAAGGUCUCUUGUCCACUCUGCCGUGAGGUCACCAGCGUACCUAGAGGGAUCGAUUCCUUGUUGCCUAACCUGAAGGCGACCAGGAGAGUCAGCGAGGCGAAGGUUCGGAACAGGAUCGAGACCAAGAUUCAAGAUAGCGGCUGCCAGUGUGGCUCCUGCAAAGAACUCGGAGCCAUCUGCUUGGCCAAGUCCUACUGUGUCGACUGUGAGCUACUCAUAUGUGACGCCUGUGUUAAUGCUCAUGAGCUUCUGAAGAUGACAAGGAGUCAUCGGAUUAUAAGAGUCCUAGAUUUCCAGAACGGCGCAACCGUCGAUGAGGGAGAACCUGUCGGUGAGGUUGGAAUAUUGGAGAUAAAAUGCGAGAAGCACAGUUCACCCCUCACCAAGUUCUGUCGCUCUUGCAACCGAGCGGUCUGUCCUGAGUGUGCCGUAGAAGAACACCCAAGUAAACACAACGAACACGAGUGUGUGAGCAUUGUCGAAGUCGAGGGCAAAUUGACAGGUGAACUGAAGCAGUUGCUAAGCAAAAUCGACACCAAUCACUUUGAUCGUGUGGCGAACUCCUACAAGCAACGUCUACAGAAGAGCGCAGACAAAGCUCAAGAACUGAAAGGGAAAAUCAACGACUCGGCUCAAAAUGAGAUAGCCUCUCUUUACGCCAAGAUCGAGGCGAAGCGUGUCGAUCUCACAGCGCGUAUCCUCGACAUCGAGAAAGCAUCGAGUCGCAAGGUCGCAACUGUCCUAUCUGGGAUCCGACGAAUCCGCGGCAGGGCAGAGAAACUUGAAAGCUACGCUGAUGAACUCCUAAAGACGGGUAACACCGUUGACAUCCUCACUGUCAAGGACACCGUGACCGAGCACCUCAAAGACAUCCGGGCUGAGAUGCGGAAGUUGACGACGGACGAUUCGGAAAUCGACGCCCUCGACGGGUACACGUUCACCGCGACCGAUUGGAUGUCGGCGAACUAUGAACCGGGUGUAGGUCGGCUUGAGGCACCAACGCAGAGAGGGGAGGUAGAUUGUUCAGUGACAGGGGUGUUCAAGAGAAGGACAUCCACCAGGAUGAUAAGGUCUACCCAAAGAACACAACCAACUUUACCACGUCUGAACAAUAAUCCUCGCUCACUAGUUAAUUAAUGUUGAAGCAUUAUCUUAUCAAGCUUGAUCGAAAUUGAUUAAUAAGUCGCUCAUCAAUUCUUUGUCAUUGAUUAACUUGUUUUGGGUUGCGUUUUAUCUAAUUAUGCUUUAUCAUCAUUCAUCAUUGGUUAUCACAUUUUUCCAAUUUAUUUUCAGUCAUAAAUUAACUAAUUUUGCGUUAGAUCUAUGUAAAUAAGCUUGAUCAAAGUCUUUACAUUUAAUAAGCUAUAAUGAGAAGUGCCAUUUCUAGAACAAAAGUGUUUAACAAUCUGACAAUGUUUCAAGAAUAAAUCCAUUAAGCGGAUGGGUGUUCUGGAUCGUAGCAAAUUGCAAAGGAUUUAUGUUAUGUUUUAAUCAUUUUUCAAGUUUUACCAGACCGUCGACUACCUUACUGUAAUUGAACACUGGGAUAAAAAUGCAUGGUUAUUCAAAUUCACCAUUCCCAAGUACAAUCCAAACGUGAAUACAUAUUUUGUAAUCACUAUUUUCACACCAUCUGUUUUUAUGUUUAUUGAAUAUCAAUAGAUACUGAAUAUGGAAUGAAGCCAGGUAUAUGGAUGAAUUUGAUACAGAUGUAGAACACCCAUUCGCUGUAUCUAAAUUGGGAUGCGAGGGCAUGGACCCCAACUGUGUCACCGCCCAAGAAAAAAUUUAAAAAAAAGGGACAAAAAUGGAAAAUUGAAAGCAAAAGGGUGAAAUAAUAUAUUGUAAAUUAAUAGUACGUCAAAAUCUAUCACAAAAUUAGAUUUGUGUAUCCAAAAUAUCAUAUUUCUUCUUUUUCCCAUUUUCCCUUCUGCCCGGCUCGAUACUAUUUAUCUAUUCUCUGUGCUAUUCUUAUAAAUUGAUCUUAUUCACGAGUUAAACGUAAUACGAUGACUCAUUUGUUAUUGGUUUCUUAUCGUAUGACGUCAUGAUAAUAAAACACGUGUCUUGCACAAUGCACAGUGACAUCGGUGGAAUGUGAAUAAGUUAGAGGAAUGAAAUGGUCUGUUGAUCAAGUGUGGUAUAUCGCCCUCAAAACCCGGGUCAUCAUUUGGUUAUCAGUGAUCACUGAAUAGGUCUCAUCGUAUUAUUAUUAUUGUUAUGGUUGUAAGUUUAUUGUUGAUUGUCAUUAUAUUUUAAUGAUUUUUGUGAUUAUUAUUGUUAGGCGUAUGUUCAUCAUAAUUAUAUGUAUACUGUCAUAACCAUCCUUCUUCCUACGAUUAUAUUUAUCUUCAUGAUAACAAUUAUCAAUAUUAUUUUCAUUACAAUUUUAUAUUGCUGUUACCAUUAUUCUUAUAUAUCGGCAUCACCACCACCACAACCACCGACAUCAUCAUUAUCAUCAUUGUCAUCAUCAUCAUCAUCAUUAUUAUUAUUAUCAUCAUCAUCAUCAUCUUCGUCAUCACCACCAUCAUCAUCAUCAUUAUCAUCAAUCAUCAUCAUCAUCAUCGUCAUCAUCAUCAUCAUCAUCGUCAUCAUCAUCAUCAUCUUCGUCAUCACCACCAUCAUCAUCAUCAUUAUCAUCAAUCAUCAUCAUCAUCAUCGUCAUCAUCAUCAUCACAUUGUCAUCACUAUCCUCCUUUUGCUGUUUAUUGUUUGCAAUAUAAUAAACGCUGGUAGUACCGGUAUGUAUGGAUUAUACAUUUUAUUUAAUACGGUCAUAAUACAUAUUGUAAAUGGAAUAUCUUCUCGUUGAUAUAAUGAGGAGCCAAAAUCGAAUAAAAUGAACAAAAAGAGUAAAUACUGAUAUGAUUAUUAGUGGAAGGAAAAUAACGAGAUAAUAACACAUACUCAAUGGAGUGCAUCAGGCAUAAUAUAGUGACAGAAACAAACACACCACAAUUAGCAUGAUUAAUCGUUAAAUGGAUUUGUAUAUGUGUACAUCCUCCUCCCUACUACACUCUCUCUAUCGCCCUAUAUACCUCUCUCACCAUCGCUCACUCUCACUCCCCAUGUUUAGAAAUAUUUUUUUCUAAAUUAUAUAGAUAUGGGCAUUGGCCAACAAGAAUUACGUUAGAAUUUAAGUUUACCACUUAUCAUGAAACAAGAAAAUUAUAAAUUUGUAAGGGAAAUGCAGUAAAAAUCUA